CACUCACAACACUUGAUCACAUAAACCCCGUGCGGUCAUCCCCUUGCCGUGUACAGAUCAAAAAUAAAACAGGCUAUCCACUUCUCAACCUUCCAUUCCCGGCCAUGGAUGCUGUCUCCAGGAGAGUAGAGAAACGAAACAGGCCACCGUUAUCUUGUGAACCAUGCCGCACUCGCAAGUCAAAGUGCAACCGUGCGACUCCUUGCGAUAGCUGCAUAAAACGCAACCAGCCAUCGUCGUGCCACUAUGCAGCGAACGUUCGGCGCAGUGAAGCCAGUUCUUCCAAGAAGACCAAUCUCACGGACCGUCUGAGAAAUCUAGAGGCUUUAGUUUCCUCCUUUGCAUCUCGGGAUCUUGUCGUCCAACAGCGAAGCCGCACCGAUGGGAGCAGCGAUGCGGCCGCCGCCAUGCCAAACGAGGGCCCCGGUCUCCAAACCGGAGCAAGUCCGAAUAUCGACAGCCAGUUUAACCAAAACCAAGACCAGAAGGGACUGGACACGGAAGCGCCCCGCAUACGGCAGACCUACGAUGGCCCUGUCAACUACGUCGACUCAAAUCAUUGGCUGUCCAUCUUGGAGGAUAUUAGGGAAGUCCGCGAGCACCUCUCGCCGGAAGGGAACUUUCUGCAGCAAGAGAUGCCAACGGGGAGCGGGGCCGGUUGGGAACCCGGAAUCCCCGAAGUCAGCUCCGUCUUGGGCUUGAACGCCAGUUCAAAUCUCGACGAUAUCCUCACCUCGUUGCCGCCUCGGCCGACAUGUGAUCGAUUGCUCUCACACUACUUCAACUCCAGAUAUCUCGUUCUAGGCAUUGUCCAUCCACUCGAGUUCCAGAAAGAAUAUGAAACGUUCUGGGAAGCACCAACCAAAGCCCCGGUCCUCUGGAUCGCCCUCCUCUUUUCCCUUCUCAGUAUGGCAACCAUACUCCUCCGGCUGGCCAGGCUUCACGAACCCGACCACGAAUCCUUACCCCCCGUGAAAACACUCCAAGAGCGAGCCGCAGAAUGCCUGAUCCUCGGCGGGUUCGCCACUGCCAACGCCUACGCACUCGAAGCCUUCAUCCUCCACCUGCAGAGCCGUUUCCUGAGCGAGGGGCGGUCGAGCCGCGCCAGCGUGCACCUCUGGUUCGAAGCAGGCACCGUCAUCCGCCUAGCCAUCCGGAUGGGCUACCACCGCGACCCGAGCAAGACAGCCAGCAUCAGCCCCUUCCAAGCCGAGAUGCGGCGGCGCGUGUGGGUGAACAUCUUCCAAGUCGACGCCCUACUCUCCUUCCAGAUGGGCUUCCCGAGCAUGAUCCCCACCGAGCACUGCGACGCCCAACCCCCGCUCAACCUCGAGUACUCCGACCUCGACCCAACCAUGCCCACCCUCCCCCCACCGCGGCCCCUCACCACCGACACCCCGGUACUGUACAUCAUCGCCAAGUCGAGCGUGAUGCGCACCUUCAAGCGCAUCGUCGCGCACACCCAACGCCUCCCCAGCAGCAGCACCACCCCCACCACCACCACAACCACCAUCACCCCAACCCCACCCCUCACAACCACAACCCCACCCCUCACAACCACAACCCACGACCCCACAGACACCCACAAGCACACCAUCGCCCUAGACCUCGAAGCGCGCGACGUCUACGCCCGCGUGCCCCCCCUCCUCCAGCGGCGCGACGCCGCCCGCUGCGGCGUCCUCGACACGGCGGCGCGCAUCGUCGAGCGCGCCAGCGUCGAGCUGCUGCACCUCAAGAGCCUGGUCGUGCUGCACCGGCGGUUCGUGCGCUACCACAAUACUACCGACGCCGACACCACUGGACGACCGGAAGGAGGAGGGGGAGGAGGGGGGGCCUCGGGUACAGGUACAGGGAUGGGGAUGGGGGCGGGGGCGGAAAGGUCGCGGCGGGCGUGCGUCGAAGCCGCGCUGGAGAUGCUCGCGCGGCAGGCCGACUUAGCGCAGGCGUCGCGGGUCGGUGGGAGGCUGUAUCGGGAUCGGUGGAUGUUGUUGUCGCUGAUGGCGCAUGAUUUCUUGUUGGCGGCCAUGGUGCUGUGCUUGGAUCUGUCGGUGCGGUUGGGGAGGGUGGAGGGUCGUGAUCGUCGUCGUCGUCAUCGUCGGCGGCAGGGUGGUGGUGGUGGUGGUGGUGGUUAUGAUGAUGAUGGUGAUGAUGGCGACGAUGGGGGCUUGGCUGAGAGGACGUACCGCGCGCUGCAGACGUCCCGGGGCGUGUGGGCCGAGACGAGUGCGCUGUCGCCCGAGGCGCACACGGCGACGUUCGCGCUGGACCUGAUGCUGCGGAAGGUGUCGGAGAAGAGGAAUGCUGAGGCGCUGCUGGGACAGCACGGCGCACAGCCGUCCCCGGUGGUGGUUGACGAGGCGGCGCCGUCCCCCGCCGACGCUGGCUUGCCGUACGCGCAUUUCAUGUCUGAUGUCAUUGAUGGCGCGACAGCGCCGGAUUGGAACCUUUUGGAUCAGUACUUUCAGAACCCGGAUAUGGAACCUGCGGAUGUGGCGGCCUGGGAUGGAGAGGCAACCUUCCCCCCUCAUUUCCUUGACUUGGAGUGAGGUGAGACGUCUCAACCCGUUGGGAUCGUGAUGAUUCAAAAGGAUAGGGGUAAUUGCAGUCAGACACCAAGACCGAUCACAUACGAAUGUACUGCCACCGU